AUGACCAACGACGAUGCUGACCGCAUAGCUGCGUCGGCCGUCGGGGGCGAUCUUGCAGACAUGCCGAAGGGAUACUACACCAACUGGAGAUUCAUAGGAUCAGUUGCAGCCGUCUCGUUCAUGGCACAAGGCCUCUAUUUAGGUUACAUACUUCCAGCUAAUACCAUGGGCAUUAUUAAUGCUGAUGUUGGCCCGAAUCCCAACUACGUUCUUAUCCCGACCGUAAAGACACUCUGCACUGGCGUUGGCAUGACGCUGGUUGGCAGACUGAGCGACAUUUUUGGUCGUAGAUGGUUCAUGAUCGUUGGAUGCCUCCUCGGCAUGUUGGGGUCAAUCAUAAACGCCACUGCUCAAAAUAUUCCCACUAUCAUCGGUGGAACUGUCUUUGUCGGUGUGGCAGGUGCUGUCCAGACAGGCUUCAGUUUCGUGCUAAUGGAAUUGGUUGCCAACAAACACCGCCCAGCUAUUACAGCGUUCCUCUUCCUGACGACCCUUCCAUUUGCCGCAUUCGGGCCUCUUCUUGCACGAGCACUCGCCGGAUAUACGGAGCUUUCAUGGCGAUGGAACUACUACCUCAAUCUCAUUACGCAAGGCAUCGCAGUGUUGCUUUUCUACUUUUGUUACUACCCGCCUUCUUAUUCUCAACUUCACGAGGGGAAGUCCAUCAGGAAACAGCUCAAUGAACUUGACUAUGGAGGUGGAUUACACCCAUGGUCUUCUGCCAGUGUCAUUGCGCCGUUGAUCAUCGGUAUUGUCACCCUUGCUGCAUUUGCUGUAUAUGAAAUCUACGUACCUCAGAAAUAUCCCUUGAUCCCUAUGUCACUUUUCAAGAACGGACGAUGGCUGGCCCUGGCCGGCGUCGCCGCAAUAGCCACCAUGUUCUACUACUCUCUUACCGUCAUAUGGCCCCAAAUGAUCACCUCUUUGUACACAUCCAAUAACAUCCAAAUCGGCCUCAUGUCUGGAACCGUUGGUGGACCUGUCGCGUUCGGCCAGGUGAUAGGAGCGCUCACUGUUCGAUGGGGUUGGGGGCACUGGCAACUGCGCAUCGCCAGUAUCGUUAUGUGUGCUUUCAUUGGGGCCAUGGCCUCUUGUGAUGCGUCAACUCGUGAUAGAGGAAUUGCUGCCACGGUUCUCGGCUCCUUUGCGGUUGGAGUCAUCGAAGUAAUCGCCAUCAUUGCGAUACCAUUCACCGUUCCUCCCAAGGAUCUCGGUCUUGCCAGUGGAUUGCUUGGUUCCUGUCGUGCAGUUCUCGGAUCAAUCGCUUUGGCUAUAUUUUCUGGCGUUCUCAAUACUACAAAAGACAAAGAGAUUACUCCACGGCUCCGAACCGUCGCCGAGGCAGAGGGACUCUCCACUGCUUCUACGGUAGCUAUCAUCAAAGCCGGAAUGGCCAGUCUUGUCUCAGCCUUUACCAAAAUACCUGGAGUGACGCCGAAAAACGUAGGAAAGUUUAUCAAGGCAUUACAAGAUGGAAACGUUGUAGCCUACAAUACCGUAUUCUACGCUAGUUUGGCGUUUGGGGGAGCUUCAGUAAUAUGUGCAUUCUGCACGAAAAGCUUCAACGAGCACUUCACUGCAACCGUGGACAGAAGACUACAAGGUGCUGGUCACGAGACCAAGAAUGAUCAGGAGACCGUUUAG